AUGGAGCCCGUCGGUGGUUUGUACCGAAAGGUAGUCAUCGGCAAGGAGCAGAGCCACCGAACCAGCUUCAUGACCGGGCACUUGCUGUGGCAGGAUCGACUGCGCGUUGAGCAGCAGCAGCGGGACAAGCAGCUUAGCAGCUGGCACAAGAAGCCAGCUGGGGCUCCAUCCCCCAGGGCAGGCGAGCCCAGAAGAAGGCGCAGUGAGAACGGAGGACUUUGGCGGGUCGUCGUGAAGCUGAGCGACAAGGCCAUUAGCGCAUCACGCAGUCGUGCACUCUGCAUCCAGUCUGAGUUAGCCAUCGUGGUCCUCGGAUAUGCCAUUGACUGGAGCACUGGGCGUGUCCCCGAGGGUGGCCUGCUCUCGCAGCGCUUGGCGCUGGCACUCACCGCCCUUGACGAAGCUCGCAUGUUGGUCUUAUCUGGGGGGAUUGGCGAGGAUGUUGUUUCCAAGGUAUCCGAGGCUGCGGCCAUGAAACGCUGGCUCGAAGACCGCAGUGCACUCACGACUGAGGUCCUGCUGGAAGAAGUGUCCGUCUCGACCCAAACCAAUGCGCUGCGCUCUCUGGAGCAUCUCCUGGCACGGGAAGGAGCUCUUCCCAGUUCCAUCUGCCUGGCAACCAAUUCCUUCCAUCGAUUACGUGCACGUCGCACCUUCCAGAAAGCACUGCAGAAGAUGAAGGUGGAUCCUGCUGGAGUUCAGAUCUUCGCGUUGCAGGAUGUUGCGCCCAAAACACUGUGGUCUGCGUUCUUCGGUUCCAACGUUGAAGUGGAAGAAGCCGUGAAGGCACGGCGUGAGCUCCUGGCAAUCGUCUACUACUUCUUGCGGCCCAAAGGUGGCGCUGACUCAGAAGGAGGCCGGCUAAGGCUGAAGAUAAUGCGUGGGCUUGCUUCGUCGACAUCGGAGCCUUCGCUAAGGCAUGCGGAGCCUGACGCAGUUGCCCAUGGUAUUGCAGGCCCUUCCAGUCGAGCUGCGGCUGAGGUCGCCUUGAGGCAUCAUGAGGUGUGCCACCGCCAAGCGCAUGCCCCCCUCGAUCAGCCGUCGCCUCUCAGCGAUCCGGAGCAGCUGGUGCUGUCUGGCCGAUAUCCGGAUGGAGUCGGCGGAAAUCGCCUGGUGGCAGAGGUGCCUCUCAGGGACCACGAAGUUGUUUGUCGGCAGCACCGGCGAGCCAAGCAGCUCUGA